AGAGACACACACACACCCUCCCUCACUCUCCUGCUGUGGAAACUUUGUGGAGGCUGCAGCUGGAGGGGGGGUGGGACAGAGGCGGCCGCUCGCUCUCAGCUCCGCGGCGCCGCAGCGCUCUCACUCGGCUCCGGCAGCGGCUCGUGUGCGGCUCGGAGCUCCGCGGGGAUGUCGGCCGUCAAGGCGCUGCAGCAGUGGUGCCGGCUCCGGUGCGAGGGCUACCGGGACGUGGCCAUCACCAACAUGACCACGUCGUUCAGGGACGGCCUGGCUUUCUGCGCCCUCAUCCACAGACACAGACCUGAGCUCAUUGAUUUUGAGUCGCUGAAGAAGGACAAUGUCUACGACAACAACAAACUGGCGUUCAAGGUGGCGGAUGAGGAGUUGGGGAUCCCGGCUCUGCUGGACGCAGAAGACAUGGUGGCCAUGAAGGUUCCCGACCGCCUCAGUAUCCUGACGUACGUCUCGCAGUACUACAACUACUUCCAUGGACGCUCCCCGAUCGGUGGUUUGGGAGGCAUUAAGCGUCCGGCCGAGGGCCCCACAGAUGAACCCUCUGGAAAGAAGAACCAGGCGGUGGUGGCGAAGGUGUUCCCCUCAUCCAAGCCUGCCAGAGAGAACAGCCCUCCCCGCUCCUCCAACUUCACCAGGCCUCCUCCCUCCCCAAAACCAAACAGAAACGUCACAAAGGACGUCCCAGUGGAGCGAUCCCAUCAAACAGGAACCCUGAGUAACAAGUGUGCGUCCUGUAACAAGCACGUUCACUUGGUGCAGCGACACCUAGUGGAAGGGAAGCUCUACCACAGGAGCUGUGCAAAGUCUCUGUCUUCUGCAAACACAUUGACAGCUCUCAGAGAUUUACCCACAAACACCCCUGUGUCCAAAUUCACUCCUCUACCCGACAUGACUAAAACCAGCAUAACCACUCCUCCCCAAACCUCCUCCAGACUGGGGCCAUCGUGGCUGAUGGAGAAACCCAGCCCUCCUGCCACCUUCUCCACCACGGUUUCCCCCUCGUCUCCUGCCCGGCCUCGUUCAGGCGUCUCUCCCGCUUCUAAAGAAACUCCCACGCCGCCUGUCUCCAAACCCGCAGCUCCACGGACUACGGGUGAAUCUAACUUCACUACAACCACCUCCAUCAGCCCCAGGCCUGUUGCUGCCCCCCGCACCUCCACCACAGCAGCCAAGACGGUGCAGUCCAGGUUCAAGUUCUUCCAGUCCCACAGCAACACUGGCAACGAAGAGAAAAAGACCACAACCAUCAACGUGGACAUAGAUAAACCAGCGAACGUGAGCAGUAAAGUCCAGGAGGCCGCGGCAGCUCAGGCUGUGACUGUGGUUGUAAAUAUCGGUGGUGGUGGUGGUGGUGCCGGCAAAAAGGAAACAACUCCAAACCUGGAUAAACGUGGAGACAGAGCGAAAGCAGCAGGUGGAGGAGGAAAGGUGAGUUCGAAACCAGAAGACGGUGAAAGUGACAAGACGAAAGCUGCAGGUGGAGGAGGAAAAGUGAGUUCGAAACCAGAAGACGGUGAAAGUGACAAGACGAAAGCUGCAGCAGCAGCUUUCAUCUCCAAGAAACUGACCGAGGAGAACAACAACAACAGCAGCAGCAGCAAACCAACAUGGACGAGCGCAUUGCUGAAGAAACCCGACAAACCUGCUCAGGUCGAGACUCCUAAGAAGGAGACGGGGGGAGUCAGAGGGAGGGUGAAGCUGAGAGCCAACCCGUCGCUCCUCGCUGACCUGAUGCCUGUGGACCCCCCGACCUUGGCCCCGACCUCUACCCCGACCUCUACCCUGACCCCGGCCACCAGGGGCGGACUGAGAGCCAGAACUCCAGAGAGAGGGGACCCGAAGCCUCGCAGCCCGUCCCCCAACCCCUCAGCGUCAGAGAACGAGUCUCCUGCAGACUGGAGGUCGAAGCUCAAACCCGUCGCCAAAGACACGAAACCUGCUGCUCCUCCACCGUGGGCGAACGGAGCUGGAAAGCCCCAGAACUCAGAGCCCUCUGUUGGGCCUCCCUCUCAUGGUUCUACCCCGAGGAUUUCUGUCACCUCACCUCCAUCGAAGGGAUUUCAGAAUCUUCCGAGAGAACAAACUGCAAACGGCACCGAGUCGGAGUCAAAGACUUCGAAGAUGAAGCCAGACUACAUUCCUAAAGAGGACAUCAUAAAGGAGCUUCAGAACAUUGAAGACAGCUUGAACGAGUUGGAGAAAAGAGGAGUGGAGCUGGAGGUGAAGCUUCGCAGCAGCGAGGAAGAGGGUGAAGAUGAUGAGGUCAUGGUCGAGUGGUUCAACUUGAUCAGGAACAAGCAGGUGGCCAUGCGCCGGGAGUCUGAACUGGUUUACGUAGGAAAAACUCAGGACCUGGAGGAGCAGCAGCCCAGUGUUGAGCUGGAGCUCAGGAGACUGAUGGAGAAACCAGACCGUCUGAAAACAGCCUCGGACAGAAAGAGGGAGCAGGAGCUGAUGGAGAAGCUGGUGGAGAUCGUCAACGACAGAAACGCCAUCGUGGACGGUCUGGACGAGGACAGACUCCGGGAGGACGAGGAGGACGAGGAGCUAAACAAGAUGAUGAUGAAUUUCAACGUAAAGAAGGACAAACCAAAGAAGAAGACCAAACUGUUCAGCUGGGGCACCAAGAAGGAGGGAUGACGCUCCUCAAAGGUUCUGUCUGUGAUGUCUCGUGUUAUCGUCUUAAUGUCAGUGAUUCAGGGGAUACUGUCAGUCGCUCUGUCAUGUUCAGUGCUUUUAGAAUCCUUCAAGAUCUGACGUUCACACACACACACACACACACAUACAUGGAUAAUGUUGAGGGGUUAAUGACUCACCAGUCGGGUUCAGUGCUCCGGUUGUUAGUUUUAAUCCCCUUCUCGUCUUAAUCUGUUUACUUAACGCUCACACACACACACACACACACACACACACACACACACACACACACACACACACACACACACACACACACACACACACAAACACACACACACCCUCUGAACGUCUCGGUACUUAUUGAAAUGUUGCCUGUGUACAGUCACACUGAUGCUAAUGGGAGUUAAUAGGGAACAGGCGUCAUGGCGGAGGUCGGGCCUCGUGUCCCUCAGGUCCACGCUCUGACCCUGGUGUUGUUGCUCACGUCAAACUACAUUUCUCCUUUAACCACGAGUGUGUUUCACUGUGAAUGUUUCGGGACAAACACGACACUCGGCCAAUAACCAGUCUGUGUCGGGCGCUGACCUUUGACGAGCUCUUUUUAAACUGGAUCGUUAUUUUGUACGAGGGGAUUUUCUAGACGUCAUGUUUCCCUACCUGGUGGUUGAGACCUUUUUUCACAGCCUUUCCUUCGUUUUGUAAAUGACGACACGAUUUUACAUGUACAAAUAUUCAGACAGAGAAAGAAGGGAAGUCUAAGGAGACAUAAUCUUUCUAUCCAAAUCCAAAAUGUGUCUUGAUAAAUCUCUGUAACUAUUUGAGAUCUGUAAAAACGGCCUGUACCUUUCUUAUUGCUCAUGUGGUGUCGGAAUAAUCAGAAGAAUUAGUAAAAGCAACUCUUCAACAUACAUUUAAACACAAUAUAAUGACGAGUUGUUACUGAAACGUGUGUAAGAAAGUCACUGGAAAUCAGGCUCUGCUCUUUUCUGCUCUUUUCUUUUUGCUUUGUCACUUUCUCACGUGUUGUUCUUAAAUGUUUCCAUGUUUGAGAAAACGCAGGAUUCCAGUCUGGGUCAGGAGUUUUAAUAAGUUUUAAUCUUAACUAAAUGGGAGAACUGGUCCAUAUUGGAUUUGAACAUGUGUCAAAUAUUUCUGAGCUUAAAUGAUCUGUUUAAUGUUUUCAUGAUGUGUAUCUUUGACCAAACUGCUCACUUUAAACAUAAUUAGUUGCUUCUUAAUGAAAUGUAAUGUUGUACAUAUGGUAAAAAGAUCUUGACCUCUUUAUAUUUGUCAGAUGUGAAUAUUGUAAAAAGUUUGUUCUAACAAUAAUCUUUUAAUUAAAUGGAGAAACUGACCUGGAUUUUAAAUGAAUCGCUUUAAUAAAUUUGCAUCAUGUUGCUCUAUAUCAUAAAA